AUGGAUUCACCAACCGCAUGGAAUAUUAAUGAUGAACGUAAUCUUUUAAGACUAAAUGAAGACAAACAUAUAGUGACUUAUACAGGUCUGGGUGAAAUAGAAGACUGUGCUGCAAUUCGAACAAAUUAUCCUAUACCUGAUCAAUGUGGAUUAUUUUAUUUUGAAGUUGAUAUUAUAGAUAAAGGGAAAAAUGGGGAGAUUGGAAUCGGGUUUUGCACACGAGCAGCUUGCCUAAAUCAAAUGCCCGGCUGGGAAGAUAUCUCGUGGGGUUAUCAUGGUGACGAUGGAAAUAUUUUUAACGCGGGUUCAGAAAAACUAUAUGGACCAACAUUUAUGACUGGUGAUACUAUUGGAUGCUGUUUAAACUUUAGAAAUAAUACGGUAUUUUAUACCAGAAACGGAGUGAAUCUAGGUAUUGCAUUCCAAGAUUUAAAAAAUGCUUUGUAUCCUUGUGUUGGAAUGUUGUCACCAGGUGGAUCUAUAGGAGCAAACUUUGGCUAUAGAAAGUUUAAAUACACAGGUGAAUAUAGGCAAGCAAUUGCGGAUUUGAUAAAGUUGCGAGAAUUUGAGGCAAAUAAUACAUUUGCAUUGAGAUAUCAAGAAGAAAUUUAUUGUAAUGGUAAAUAUAACUCAUUAUUAAUUAUAUCUAUAAUUUAA